CUGGACGGUGCUAGAGCUCAUCAGAAUAUUGCUAGAAUCGCGGGGCGCAUCAUACGGCAUACGCAUUGUGGACUGGCUGGGGCCCGAAUUUUUUUUUUAUCCCUGCCCUGUUUCGUUCUAUAAAAUGGUCCCUGCGCCCCUCUAGAUGGAUGUUUGUCUGUCAUUCACUUUCUUGCCUCUAUUCAUUACUGUUUAGAUUCUUCUCAUUAUUAAACCAUGUCUGACUCUAAGGUCGAACACGGUGAACAUGGCAAUGGUCAGGAUGAGCUGGCGGCCGUCUUGCCUGAAAAUGUCUCGUGGACCAGUCCUCACCUCUUCAAGCUCAACUUCUGUGUGAUUUCUUUGAUUCUCUUCUCGUCUACGGUUGGUUAUGAUGGAUCGCUCGUCAACGGUCUGGAGGCCCUCGACCGGUGGCUGGAAUUCAUGGACAACCCUUCCAGCACAUGGCUCGGUUUUGUGAACGCCAUCUACUGGCUCGGUGCGAUGGUAUCCAACCUGGCUGCAGGUUCGGUCACCACCCGCUAUGGAGCCAAGAUUUCCAUCUGGAUGGGCAUUUUCUUCCUCACCGUGGGUACGAUCGUCCAGACUGUCGCCCCGAACGACAAGGCCUUUAUCGUUGCUCGUUUCUUGGUCGGUAUGGCCUUGGGCUGGUUCACCAACGGAGCGCCCGUCUUGAUCAACGAAAUUUCUUAUCCCUCCCACCGUGGCAUUGCCAGUGCUUUGUACAUGUGUGGAUACUAUGUUGGCGCCAUCGUCUCCGCCUGGGCCACCUUCGCAACUCGCACGUACGACGACUCCUGGUGCUGGAGACUCCCAUCCCUUCUGCAGCUGCUGUGCCCCCUUCUCGCCAUCCCCGGCCUCCUCCUGACCCCCGCGAGUCCUCGUUGGCUGAUCUCCGUCGGACGGAUUGAAGAAGCUCGCCAGGCGCUUGCCAAUCUUCACACCCAGGGUGAUGCGCAAGCUCCGCUGAUCACCUACGAGGUGAACGACAUCCAGGCGACCAUCGCUGCCGAAAAGGAGGCACAGGAAAGCUCCGGAUACGCAGAGAUGCUCAAGACCCCUGGAAACCGCCACCGUCUCUUCAUCUCGAUCACGCUCGGCAUCUAUUCCCAAUGGGUCGGUAACGGUGUCGUCUCCUACUACCUGGCAAUGGUUCUGGAUACGAUUGGCAUCACCCAGACCAGGGACCAGCUUCUUAUUUCGGCAUGUCUGCAAAUUUGGAACCUGAUCUUCGCCGUCGUCGGUGCCAGCCUGGUCGAUAAGCUUGGCCGUCGCAUUCUCUUCUCGGCUUCCGCAGGCAUCAUGCUGACCAGCUAUAUCAUCAUCACCGGUCUGUCGGGAUCCUUCGCCCGGACGGGUUCUGGACCUGUUGGAACCGCCGUGAUCCCCUUCCUAUUCAUCUACUUUGCCGGUUACGACAUUGCUCUGACGCCUAUGUUAACCGCCUACCCGUGCGAGAUCUGGCCCUUCCGUCUCCGUUCCCGCGGCCUGACCGUGACGUGGGCGGCCGCGAUUCUCGGCAUCUUCUUCAACACCUUCAUCAACCCGAUCGCUCUUGCGGCCAUCGGCUGGAAAUACUACAUUGUCUUUGUGGCGGUGCUUCUCUCCUACGCUAUUGUCACCUUCAUGUGGUACCCUGAGACCCGCGGUUACUCGCUUGAACACAUGGCGGUGAUCUUCGACGGGGAUGGUGCGGCCGUUGCCACAACGCAGCAGACGAUGAAGACCGUGACGGAUGCGAUUCUGAACGAGGAGGAGAAGAAGGAUGGCAUGGGCAAGGCCGAGGAGACAGAGCAUGCCUAGAUCAUCUGUUGGCGAUGGAUGAC